CAUCGAAAUCCACAGGCAUAACAUUCAGCGUCAUAACGCAAAUUAAGAAGCCCCUUACUCCGGCCCGGCGAACGGGGAAAAAGAUAUCGCCCGCAGGCACCGAAAGCGCCGAUGUGGACGAUAACGAUCAUUUUUAUUUUAUUCUGUGGCUUUGGACGGAGCGUGAACGACGAUGAUUUGGGUACAGAGGGCUGAAUAAAUGGCGGCAUGCUUACCUUACCUAUCAGGGAACGAGGAUGAUGCGAGAGAUGCUACAAUACCGUUGUGAGCAUUACAGCGGGUUUCUUUCCGGUAGCUGAAUCGGCUUCUCUUUUCUGGCUGCAAAAGUAUAUAAGUACUUCCCUAACAAUGCCGCCUCCUUCCUCUCUUCAUCCCAUCAAUAGCUUGUCUUAAUAAUUUGAUCACACAUCCUUCUAAAAAAGCGUCACGAUGCCUUCUAAGUAUGCCCCGGCUCACGCCUCUCCUGCUGGCACCGGCGAUUCCCGCCCAACAGCACUUCAAAUCAUCAAGGACGAAAACCUGACGGGUGCCCUCGCUUCCAAGACCAUUCUCAUUACUGGCUGCUCCAGCGGCAUUGGUAUUGAGACGGCACACGCUCUAGCAACAACCGGUGCAAGGCUCUUUCUCACAGCCCGAGACACGGAGAAGGCACAGGAGGUCCUUAAAGACCUUCUUGCCCCCGGCCACAUCGAAUUGCUUCACCUAGACCUGACAUCCCUUGCCAGUGUACGCUCCUGCGCGAAAGAAUUCCUCCAGAAGAGCGAAGGAAAGCUGAAUGUCUUGAUCUGUAAUGCUGGUGUCAUGUGGAUACCAACCCACACGCAAACUGUCGACGGCUUCGAAUCCCAGUUUGGAAUCAAUCAUCUCGCACACUUCCUGUUGUUUCAACUUAUAAAGCCGGCACUCUUGUCUUCCAUUACCCCAGAUUUCAACUCCCGCGUCGUCGUGCUCUCGUCCGCGUCGCAUCGCUCCUCGCCGAUUCUCUUUGAGAACAUCAACCUCGAAAAUGGCGCCUACAACCCUUCAACUGCCUACUCUCAGAGCAAGACAGCCAAUAUAUACAUGGCAAAUUCUAUUGAACGGCACUAUGGCGCGCAGGGCCUUCAUGGACUCAGUCUCCACCCUGGAACCAUUUUCACAGGUCUAGUUAGACAUCUUGAUAAGCAGAUGUUGGCUAUUUUAAGUAGUGACCAAUUUAAGGCGAUCAUGAAAAGUCCAGAGCAAGGGGCAGCAACCACGGUAUUUGCCGCUGUGGCACAAGAGUUGGAAGGGAAGGGUGCGCUUUAUCUAGAGAACUGCAUGGUUGCUGAGCCGCUGAAGCCGGAGCCGGGGAUGCUUGAUCCCGGAUACGCAGUGCAUGCAUUUGAUGAGGAGAAGGAGGAGAGGCUAUGGAAUGAAUCAUUAAAGAUGGUUGGUUUGGAUAGCAACUAGCAUUAGGCAUAUCUAAAGAGAGGAGCUCACAAUAGAGUAGUUAAGCC